AACGGGCCACAGAUGUGAUGAUUGCGGGCAAGGUGGCAGUGGUAGCAGGCUAUGGUGACGUGGGCAAGGGCUGUGCCCAGGCCCUGAGGGGUUUUGGGGCCCGAGUCAUCAUCACCGAGAUUGACCCCAUCAAUGCACUGCAAGCUGCCAUGGAGGGCUAUGAGGUGACCACCAUGGACGAGGCCUGUAAGGAGGGCAACAUCUUUGUCACCACCACAGGCUGUGUUGACAUCAUCCUUGGCCGGCACUUUGAGCAGAUGAAGGAUGAUGCCAUUGUGUCUAACAUUGGACACUUUGAUGUGGAGAUCGAUGUGAAGUGGCUCAAUGAGAAUGCUGUGGAGAAGGUGAACAUCAAGCCCCAGGUGGACCACUAUUGGCUGAAGAAUGGGCGCCGAAUCAUCCUGCUGGCUGAAGGCCGACUGAUCAACCUGGGGUGUGCCAUGGGCCAUCCCAGCUUCGUGAUGAGCAGCUCCUUCACAAACCAGGUGAUGGCACAGAUUGAGCUGUGGACCCACCCAGAUAAAUACCCCAUUGGGGUUCACUUCUUGCCUAAGAAGCUGGAUGAGGCAGUGGCCGAAGCCCACUUGGGCAAGCUGAAUGUGAAGCUGACCAAGCUGACUGAGAAGCAGGCCCAGUAUCUGGGCAUGCCCACUGAUGGCCCCUUCAAGCCUGAUCACUACUGUUACUGAGAGCCAGGACUGCCCUUCACCUUCCAGCUGCCAUCCUUGUUCCAGGCCCUAUCUCUUUCCCAAGAACACAUGUCACCAACUUCGCAGUUGCUUCAUCAAUGUUUGUCCACUGGGGCUGGUUACUCUGUCUUUGGCCUCUUUUGUGUCCUUCAUAUGGUUCCAGGUGUGGUAAGGGGAACUGAGAGUCUCCAGUCAGGAGCCAUCUGCAGGGGACAUGAGCCUUGGAAGCCCUGAGGG